AGAGAAGGAAGAAGACUGGAGAAGAAUGGAUAAUGGCGAAUCAUCGUCCACCAACAAUUCGUCGCGGCCAUGGGAAUCCUACAACACCGUCUUCACGAACGCCAAAGCGGGAAUGGAGGGAGUGGACAAAGAGAGAGUCCAGAGGAUUGUCUAUGAAAUGAGUAAGGGGUCCAAGUAUUUUCAAAAUGAGGAACGUAAAGAAGCUCUUAUGAAACAAAAGAUUGAGCAUAUGCGUGAUAGAUGCGCAAAACUUUCGUCCCCUGAUUUAUCUAAUUAUCACAAGGUGGUUGAUAAAAGGAUCUUAGAGUUAGAAGCUACACGUGACCUAUCUAGAAUUUGGCUGCAUGUUGAUAUGGAUGCUUUUUAUGCUGCUGUUGAAACUUUGAGUGAUCCUUCCCUCAAGGGAAAGCCAAUGGCUGUUGGAGGCUUAUCCAUGAUCUCCACUGCUAAUUAUGAGGCAAGGAAAUUUGGGGUCCGUGCUGCAAUGCCUGGCUUCAUUGCUCGUAAACUAUGUCCAGAUUUGAUUUUUGUUCCUGUAGAUUUCACUAAGUAUACUCACUACAGUGACUUAACAAGAAAGGUUUUUAGGAGCUAUGAUCCUCACUUCAUUGCUGGGAGCUUGGAUGAAGCCUACCUUGAUAUAACUGAGGUUUGUCAAGAAAGAGGUCUUUCAGGUGGAGAAAUUGCAGAGGAGCUUAGAUCUUCUGUUUAUUCCGAGACUGGACUGACAUGCAGUGCUGGGGUAGCGGCAAACCGCUUGCUAGCCAAGGUUUGCUCAGACAUUAACAAGCCUAAUGGACAGUUUGUUCUACAAAAUGACCGAUCAACUGUCAUGACAUUUGUAUCUUCCCUCCCUGUAAGAAAGAUCGGUGGAAUUGGUAAGGUUACUGAACAUAUUCUAAAAGACGCUUUGGGAAUUAAAACAUGUGAGGAGAUGGUGCAGAAGGGAUCUCUUCUCUACGCUCUCUUCUCUCAGUCGUCAGCAGACUUUUUUUUGUCGGUUGGACUGGGGCUUGGAGGAACAGACACCCCUCAGGUUAGGUCUCGUAAAAGUAUUAGCAGUGAGAGGACAUUUGCUGCGACAGGAGAUGAAAGAUUGCUAUAUUCGAAGUUGGCUGAAAUUGCAGAAAUGCUAUCUCAUGACAUGAAAAAGGAGGGUCUAACAGCAAGGACGUUGACACUUAAACUGAAAACUGCCUCCUUUGAGAUCAGGAGCAGAGCUGUUAGCCUGCAGAGGUACACGUGUUCAAGCGAUGAUAUACUAAAGCAUGCUACAAAGCUGUUGAAGGCGGAACUUCCUGUUUCCGUAAGGUUGAUAGGUUUGCGCAUGUCGCAGUUCGUUGGAGAAAUCCGCAAUUCUGAUCCUUCACAGGGAACUAUUACUAAGUUCAUCAUUCAAAAGGAUUCUUCAAGACAAGAUCUGGAUGAUAAUGACUCAUUUGACUUAGAAGCUAGUAAAAAUUGCUUAAGUAAUGACGUGAGUUUAUCCUUUGGUUCCCAUGAGACAAGCUAUGCCCAUCUGAAGGAUGUUGUUGAAUAUGAAGAACAAUCCCAAAUAGAUUCUGAAAAGGUAAUUCCAAAUCAAGAAUGUGUGAAAAAAGAAGAAAGGCCGCAAGUACUUGAAGGAGAUGCUCUGCUCAAAAAACACAAGGAGUGCAAACUAGAUACGAAUCACUCGAUGAAUGAUAGUUCUAAUGCACAAAACACCAAAGCAGUUUCAGUAUAUCCGCAAACGGAGCCAUUAUAUUGGGUUGAUGGCUACAAAUGCGUCUUGUGUGGGAUAGAGUUACCACCAUCUUUUGUUGAGGAACGACAGGAACACUCUGAUUUUCAUCUCGCUCAGAGACUUCAAAACGAAGAAUCUGGCUCGAGUUCUUCCACAACACCUUCAAAACGAAGGAUUCUCGGAAAGGAAAAGGAACGAAACUCAGAAGAAAUGAAGAUGGCUCUGAUUCCACCUAAACUCAAUCUCUCACCGUCCAAUUCCCUGGGUGAACCCAACUCAUUACCGUCGAUGUCAGACAUCCUGACGUCAUCAAAAGCUCGAAAGCUAGACUUAAGGAUCCAGACUUUAGGACCGUUUUUCAGAGUGACAGGGAAGAACGUAGAAACAGGCGGUGAGGUGGGAAGAGCAGAGGGAGUGGUGCGUCCAUGGUUCGGACGCGGCUUGGUUCUGCAUUUGGAUACGAUAAGACUGACAAAAGAGACGGUGGCUAUGGAUAAGUCUGUUCUUGGAGUUGGUUUAUACGUCGGAGCUGUAGCUAUUCGCCAUGGCUAUGACUGUGGUUGCCGCACUGCUCAGCUUCUCGCUAUCUACGACUCCGAUCUCUACCAUUCCAAGCUGGUUAGGUUUUACAGAAGAAUUGGGUUCGAAGAGGUGAAAGAAGUGAGUGGGUCGUCGAUCGGAGACAUGGCUGACAUGUUAGUGUGGGGUGGAGUUGAUGCCGUAUUGGUGGAGAUAUUUGCGAUAUUCUCAUUGAGAAGCAUCGCCAGAUUCAAACUGGUUUGUAAAAGCUGGAAAUCAGUAAUAGAAUCGUCGGAUUUUCGCCGUGUCUUUGUUUCUUUGCACCAAAACUCCUCUUCCUCAUGGUCUGUCAUGUUACCAACCGAUUAUCAUCAUACCAUCAAAGAAGUCAUAAGCUUCCAUGGAUGCAAGACAUGGAAUCUUCCCAAGUCCUUAGCUUCUUAUAUCAUGCCUCCUAAUCUCCCUAACACUGAAUACUUCUACGUUGCUUCUUCCAAUGGAUUGGUUUGGAUUGAUGUCACUGAGAGCACAACUUGCAGUUAUAAAUCCUUCGUUGGUAAUCCAGUUUUACAACAAUGGGUUGAAAUACCUCCUCCUCCAUGUCCAUGUGCCGCAACGGGUUUGGUAACGCGUGUGGAGGAGGAUGGCGUCGUUUCUAGCUUCAAAGUGGUUAGGACUUUUCAAAAGUUUGAAGCUGGAGACCGGGGAAUGUAUAUACGUAGAGUGUAUGUAUAUUCGUCCGAGACAGGGUUAUGGACUUUUAAGCGACUUUUAAACUCGCGUCCCGUGAACCACCCUGCUGUGAAUAUCAACGGGAAGCUUUAUCUGUGGGAAAGGAGAGUUACUUCUAGUGAACAUGGUGUUAUUGUAGCUCAUGACUUCUAUGGCCCUGAAGCUGAUGAUCAUUGUCAAGUUAUACCUCUCCCUGCUGUCCCUAGUGGAUACCAAGAUGUUAAGAGUUGCUUGACUACUUCAAGAGGAGAUGUUAUCUACAUUGUAAGAAUAGGUCAAAAAUUAAAGAUUUGGAGGAUGAAUAACAACUCCGAGAAUGGAUGGUGGCUAUUGUCACGGGAAAUCAACAUGCUCAAUGUCAUGUAUUUUUGGUUUUGUAUUCCUAUGGCAAUGAAUCCACUUGAUAAUGAUAUCGUUUAUCUAUGGAGUCAAAAACACCAUUGUUUGGUAACGGGUAACUUGCGGACACAAGAGUUUAUUCUUCAUCAAGAAUCAGAGAAAUGGACUAGUAGUGAAGAGGUGGAGAUACUUGCAAGAUUACCGUUGAGAAGCAUCGCGAGAUUCAAAUCAGUCUGCAAAAGAUGGAAAUCAGUAAUAGAAUCGGGCUACUUCCGACGUCUCUUUGUCUCUCUUCACGGAAACUCCUCUACCUCAUGGUCACUCAUGUUCAGAACAGAGUAUCUUCGUCAGAUGACACAAGCCAUAGGCUUCCAUGGAUGCAAAACAUGGGAUCUUCCCAAAUCACUACUUUCUUAUAUCAUGCCAUUUCAAGUAUAUCCGAAUCUCCCUACCGGCUCUGAAUACUACUAUAUAGCUUCUUCUAAUGGAUUGAUUUGGAUCGAUGUCUUUGUUUCUCGCAUCAAGGACAUGGUUUCUAGUUAUAAAUCUUUUGUUGGUAAUCCAGUUUUACAACAAUGGGUUGAGAUCCCUCAACCUCCUAAUCCAUGGGUUCAAGAUAAACACCCUUGGUAUCCCAGUCCGUUAAGCGACGUUGGUAUGGUAACACGCGUUGAGAACGGCGUCGUUUCAAGCUUCAAGAUGGUUAGGACAAUCCAAAUGGAACUGAUUGAUCGUAGAGAUGAAGGAAUGUAUUUAUGGAGAGUUUGUGUAUAUUCUUCUGAGACCGGUUUAUGGACUUUCAAGCAAGUUUUCUCAUCUCGACCCGUCAACGCCGGUAGAAUUGAUUCUCCGGUGAAUCUCAAUGGGACUCUUUAUAUGUGGGAUAGGUAUAUGUUUUCUAAUGGACCUGGUGUCCUUGUAGCUCAUGACUUUUAUGGCCAUGAAGCUGAUGAUCGAUGUCAGGUUAUACCUCUCCCUGGCGCGGAUGAGGAAGAUGUUCGGAGAUGCUUGACUACUUCAGGAGAAGAUGUUAUCUUCAUUGAAGUAAUACAUCGAACAUUGAAAGUAUGGAGGCUGAAUAAAGAAGAGAGUGAAAGGUGGCAACUGAUUUGGGAAGUCAUCAUGCCAUCUUUCAUAUCUGAUGUCAACUGUUUUCCCCUGGCAAUGAAUCCGUUUGAUACUGAUAUUGUCUAUCUGUGGGAUCGUCAACACGGUUGUUUGGUAUCGGGUUACUUGAAGGCACAAGAGUUUAUUAUUCAUCAAGAUUCAGAGGGUUGGAGUAGUAGUGAAGGUGAUUGUUGUAGCGUAAACACUUCCGGUACUGAGGGGUACAUGGAAGAGAGAUGCGAUGGAGUCCUUAUGUUAUCCCAGUUUGUGCUCCCAUGUUGGAUGGACUCGGUACCCCGACCGCCAAAUUGAUUAUCCUUCUUCGGGAAGCUUGUUCUUCAGUGUUUAUGUAUUCUUGUGUAUCCUUGAUUCCUUGUUUAUAAU